AGAACACCUUUUUUUGAUCGAUAUCUUUUCCUUUUGGAUUAAGUUUUUCUUUUUACCUUUUUUUUUCGUAAAAUGUCAGUAGCUAAUAAUGUUCGACGCAGAAUAUCAAAGAUACCACUAUAUCAACGGAUAUUGCCCUGUACAGACGUAGAAACGUAUCAGCUAAAUGAUGAAGCCUUUCAUAUCAUCAUUCUAUGUUUUAGCUUUUUCCAAUUAACAGCGAAACAGUUGGGGACACCAUAUUGAUAAACCCCGAGGGCUCUAUGAAAGGAACAUCUAAAAGGAUGCUCGGCUAUUUCAGAGAUGUCAAUCUUUACUUUUUCUUCUUUUUUGGUGUUUCAUAAACGGAAUAAACCACAUGAAAGGGUUCAGCUCUGUUGGAAAGCUGCUCCAAAUGGCUCUUUUGAAAGCUCUAUGAUCAUAAUUUGAAUUCAUCAGGUAUAAAAAUUGUUGUCGUUUUGAUAACGCUAUCUAUCUUCAAUCCCUCGCAGAAGGAAGCGAGUGCGAGGAGUUUCCAAAUCUUCCCAAGAGAUUAAUUGAAGUUCACCAAAGGGCGUACGAAACGCACACCGACAUCUCUCCAACUCUCACUCGAGGAAAGGCACAGGUAAUAGUCUCGUUUUAAAGUCUCACAAGGUAAGGGCGAAGGAACAUGUCGACCGAACUUUUACAGAAUUGCUCUACAACACAUUGUGGAAGCACAACAUAUAACUCAAAUGUAACAAGCUCUGCUCAGACACAUACCCUCGAAAAUUAUACUACGGCAAGGCUGGAAGAGGCAGAUAUGCCCCUCAAAGAGGUGUUAAAACUAAGUGUAGAAUUGUUAAUUGCUUUGUUCGGUGUAGUUGGUAACGUCUUCGUGACAAUCAUCAUUAGUAAAAUGGGCAAGAAAACAGGAGUGGAUCUCUAUCUUCUUAACUUGGCCAUUGCAGAUCUCAGCUACCUGUUGUUAGCAUUGCCUAUAGGAAUAAUCAAACAGAAACUUCCAUUUAAAUGGCCUCUUGGAAAAUUUUUUUGCCUGCUCCUGUGUCCUUUCACUGACGCAACCAUCGGAUCAUCUAUAUGGUUUAUUGCAAUUAUUGCCAUUCAAAGAUAUAGAAAGGUCCUCGCUCUUCAAGCCAAACGCAGUGACGAAAAAAACACUUCCCUAAGAACGGAUAAAAUCGUAGUCGGGUUUGUGUGGGUGACGUCGUACUGCUUCUUUUCUAUUCCACUCAACAUUGUUUACAGAUAUCUGGAGAACGACCAAAUGAAGUAUUGUGGUCCAGUUUGGCCUCACUGGGAUAAAACGCGUAUUUUAUUGCGCACGUAUAUCGCUGCUUUAACGUUGCUCUCUUAUAUAUUGCCACUUUCUGUGAUAGCACUGACUUAUAUUGGGAUAGCACGCAGAAUUUCUCGCAGCACCAAAUUUCUGAAGGACAUGAAAAUGAAACAAAACGGCGAUUCACAAUCAAGUGAUAAAGUUUUACGUUGGUCCAGAGUUGAGGCAGAGCGACUUCAGCAGAACAAACGAGUGAGGAAAGUCUUAACGCCUUUAGUUUUGAUGUUUGCCAUAACCAUGCUUCCUUUAAAUGCGAUGCGUAUUGUACUUGCUUCCUGGCCAGUGGUCGUCGAUCAUAGAUACUAUAAUGAUACCAUAUUCGUCCUUGUGUUAUUUGUUGCGAUCAAUUCGUCUGCAAAUCCUGUGAUCUAUUCACUGGUCAACAAAAACUUCCGCAAGGCACUGAAGGAACUAACACCUCGCCGACUACCUUGUUCCUUUAAUUUUUUGUCACGUUCAUGGCAACCUACUCAGCUAUCCCAUAAUCAGAUGCCCGCUUUUUACAUAAAUAAAACUUUUAAGACGUCGGAAUCGGCGAUUCCGAGUGCAACGUCGCAGAUUUCACUGUUGGAACACUUCUCACUUAAAACUGUCAGAAGCAGCACGUCUGCAAUCACCACACCUUAGUAGGAUCGAGGACCACGGCAAUGCAGAGAAUGGCGGCAAAAGAAAAAAGACUUUUGAUGUGUUCUGUUUGCAUAAGAACUGCUUUAAUCUGGCUGCUAAAGACAUAUUUCUAUGCCAUUCAUUUAGCAUCUGCCAUUUGCAUAGCUGUCGAUUAUGUGUCACGGUUCUGCUUGGUUCCAAAUUUUAUUCCCUCGAACGCAGGCACUGUUCUGAUCAUUGAAAAUUAGGUACCAUGCGCUUUUUCACCGAGAAGGAUUUUUUUUCUGUUGAUGGAUUCUUGCCAGCGAGCAACCAACCUUGUAGCAUAAUGCCUCAAAACACUAAGACACACGAAACUGACCUUUCGUUUAGCCGACCUACUUUCACCGAGGAUCGAUUUUCAAUCGCAAACUAUGUUGAAAAUGCUAAGGAGCCCCUUGGCGACCAAUGGUAGUAGUUGUAGUCGUAGUAGUAGUAGUAGUAGUAGUAGUAGUAGCAGUAAUAGUAGUAGUAGUAUAGUAAAAGCAGUAAUGGUAGCGUUAGUAGUUGUAGUUGUUGUCCUUGUAAUUUUUAUUUUGUGUUGUCGUUAGUUGUUCUUGGUCAGACAUAUGCUCCUUCAUUGAGCUUUGGCAAAAGUAAAUGUGUCUACGCCACCAAUAAGGAUGAACAUGUGGCUUCGCGUUUAAUUUCAAAGUUUAAAACGCUUCUUUCCAUAAUUUUGUUCAAAGAAAUCAAGAUUAUCAAAAUUAUUUUAGUUUCAAUUAACCCAUUUUUAAAUCACCGGUAAUCCUUGCAGUGUGCUUGGCUCGUUCUAUCGCUUGCUCUAAAUCGCAUUGUGUUUCCUCCAACCUAUGCAUGUGUGAACGAAAUAUUGAAAAAGAGAAGCAAAUCAGAUUUCAAAACUUUUUUUUCCAAAAAAUGGGUGAAUUUAACUUCCGGCUCCUCUUUUUUUAACAAUCAGGCUCAGUGCUGGAUCAAAGGAAUAUUGAAACUAACUAAAAAUCCUAUUUGGGAGAUAGAACUUUGCGAUUUCAAAAUGGCUGUAGUGAUAAUUGCACUUCUCGCGAUGUAAUAUCGCCUUUGUAUAAGAUAGUUAAGACUAAUCCCCUAACAGUAUCCGGCGAGACGUUUUAGAAUUAUUGUGCGAAAAAAUGGCAUUUUGUUUGGAAUGAAUGGUUACAAAGUGCCGUCGUAAGUUGUCCUUGGAAAACCUUAAUUCCACCUAAAUUAAAAAGAUAACAGUAAGUUACUAUUUGCUAAUUAACUGUAUUCAAAUGUACCGGCUUAUCAGACUAAAUCCUUGGCAAGAAGUGACAUUAGUAGAACUGCUCCGGUGAUUAUUGAGAUACGCGCACUUUGAUUGGUCGCUGAUUGCGUCAUAUGUCGCUUUAAUCACCUCGCACGAGGUUAUUAGAACAAAGGCGCUAAAUUUCAAAAUGGCUGCCUCACGUUUUUUUGGAAGAAAAUAUCAUUCUGAAACGCAAAAAAAGAUGCUAACAAGUUUGGCGUAACAGUUUUCAACAGAAAGAUAUGAUUUUUUUUGCAGGUGGAAUGAAUGAACCUGUAAAAUUCCAGUGGAAACUGGCCGCUUAUCUUGAUACGAGUAAUCCAAACAAUGGUAAAAAAAUUUACAAUUUUAAAUUUUCUUAGGCGAGUCUAAAACAGAAUUCGAAAGCAUCUCAGCAAUUAUACUAAAACAGUUAUUCGCCUCAGGCUCAGUGAAUAUUGUUGAAUAAUCCCCUCGACUUCGUCUCGGUUAUUAUUCAACAAUAUUCACCGAGCCUGAGGCGAAUAAUUGCUAAAUAAUACUAUGUAAAAAAAAUAAUGCUAUGGAGUUUGUAGAGGUUAUACUGAAGUUACAAUUUUAAUUAUGAAGAACGAUCUUGUGACGCUUUGAACUAUUAGUUAAUGUUCAGUAACAUUUGUAGUGGUAAGGUAAGACAUUAUGAAAGCCUACUAAAGCUAUUGUUGUUGACACGUGAUUUAACUCUUUCCAUUCAACGGAGUUAUAAAUUAGCUUCCUGUACUUCGUUUACCGUGAACAAACAACUCCUUUAGCACAGACAAUGCAGUACAGUUAACUGUAGGUUGACUUUUACAUGACUGUGACAAGGAAGCUGACCA